AUGCAAAAAGUUUUAUUAAAAGACUCUGAUACUAACCAGUUGUAUAGCAAUCCCUCUCUUGAGAUUAAAGCAAAGGAAUUGGAAAAUGAACUGGAGAAAGUUACACAAAAUUCAUCAUUUAAGGAUGGGUUAAUUUUCUACCUCAGGUCUAGAGUAAGUGAUCUAGAACGCCAAGCUGAAAGAGAUGAACUAGAACAGAUCCCUUUAAAAUCACAUCCGUCAUCUAAUGAUUCAAAAACAGGUGGCGAUGAAGAAGAAGAGGUAUCUAGUUUCUUUUCCGAAGAUGCUCAGGGCAAGACUCCCUUUUUUUCUUCACACUGCUCAGAACUUAAAUCUGAUGAAAGGAAAGUAAAAAAUGAGGUGGAGUUCCCAAUAGACCACACUGAACAAAAAUCAAAAAAGAAACUCAAUAGUAACCAUCCCACAAUAUCACCCAUUACUAUGUUAAGGUCUG